AAUAUCUAGUACCGAGAUGCUUGAAUGGGUGCUCCUGUGCUUGGAUGGUAUCGGUAGGGCGGGCGGCGCGAAGAGCCGAAAGUGAAAGAUGCGCAGUCGCGGGGCGAGGGGGAGGAGUCGAUGCGAGCGGAGUCGCGGCUCGCAGCUAGCGUGCAGAGUGCACUGCCGCAGCCUCACGCAAGCCAAACAAAACUUUAGUUAGUAACCUACUUCCGUACGAGCGCCGUGAGCGCGAUACCCGCUCCGCUCGCGCCGCUCCGCUACUAGCUUUAGUACUGUGACCGUUUCAGUGUAACGUAUAUACUUGGUUAAUGAACUCUAUCGCUGCGAUUUGGUUGAAUGGACACACAUGUGACCCGUGGACAAGAACUUUUUGCCAAAAUGUUUUACGGAAGUGCGCCGACCGAAUGCUGAACCCAGUGCUUAUUGAAAAACUAUGCUGAGAGUUGGUGUGUCCAAAAAUUUUCGGAGACGUAAAUUAAAAAGGUGAUCGGUGUAUUCAGAGCUGGUUCGAGAGAUGCUCGCGGAGCCCUAGCGCGCAAGCUGGGGCCGGACGAGGCGCGCGCCGCCUCCGCGCACACGCACCAACUGCACAACAUGACUUCUACAAUGGGAAUAAUGACACUCAGCCGCGGCCCGUGUGACCUUGACAACAUGAGUCUCUUCCAAGACCUAAAACUAAAGAGGCGGAAAGUUGACUCCCGAUGUAGUAGCGAUGGCGAGUCGGCUGCCGACACCAGCACGUCAUCGCCGGACCCGGGCCCGCCCUCGCCGCGCAUGGCCGACGCCGGCUGCAGCACGCCGCCGCACCCGCCGCCCAUGUUCGACGACGGCAGCUCACCCACGCCCACCCCGGCCUGCCACCCCACCGUCAUUCGCUCGGCGCCGCCAUACUCCGUCAUCAAGUUUGAAGGAGCUGCCAGCUCCAACAAGUCUGACAAUUCGCAUGCCAUUAAACACGUGGUCACGUCGCCCACGCAACACUCUUCCGUGAAGCUGGAGGGCCCGCCGCCGGAGCCGCCGCUCCCGUACAGGCCACGAGCGCCCGCGCCGCCGCUGCCCGGCGUGCACUCUCCUCUCGCGCCGGGGCCCUGGCCGCCGGCCGCUUGCAUCAACGGCGUCAAGCCCGAACUUAUUGGCGGACACUUCCCGCCACAGCCGCAGGAGCCUAAGACUGGCGCGCGAGGGCCUGCGCAAUGGAGAGGGGCGCCCGCCGUUAUCAUGGGUGAAUCCGGGGGCGUACGCACAAUGUUCUGGACGCUACCGGCGCCCACUCCCGGGGGUGAGGCAUCUGCGACACCGAGCGGGUCGCACACCCCAACACCGCCGGCUCCUGACCCCUCUACAUGCAGUGAGGAAUCUGCGGCUAGGCUGCUUUUGAACCUUGGUGGCGAGUUAAGGCGACAGCGCGGCCCGCCAUUAAACAUGGAACUGUUAUGGGCAGGAGACGUAUCACAGCUGCCAGCUCACCAACAGCUACACGCUCUGAACCUGAGUGCGGCGGCAGGCAGCACGGCCGGAGCUUCAGGCGCGCCGGCCCCAAGCCCACACUCUAUGCCUCGUCCGGAACUACGUGCCUACGCGCCUGAAGCUGAACGCGAAGAAGAUGAACAGCCCAUGAUCUGCAUGAUAUGCGAAGACAAAGCAACAGGUUUACAUUACGGAAUUAUCACGUGUGAGGGAUGCAAAGGCUUCUUCAAGAGAACCGUACAGAAUAGACGCGUGUACACAUGCGUCGCUGAUGGAGGCUGUGAAAUCACAAAAGCGCAACGAAAUCGAUGUCAAUACUGUCGCUUCAAGAAAUGUAUCGAACAAGGCAUGGUUUUACAAGCUGUGAGAGAAGACCGCAUGCCGGGAGGACGAAAUAGCGGCGCAGUGUACAAUUUGUACAAAGUAAAAUAUAAGAAGCACAAAAAGGCAAAUAAAGCAGCGACAACAACAAGCCGGGCGUCGCCACCAGAAAAGCCUAAAGAGCCAAUGCCACCUCUCCCGCCACAUCUGGUCAACGGCACUAUUCUUAAGACUGCUCUCACCAAUCCUAGCGAGACGUGUUGCGUUCAGGUUGUCCACCUAAGGGCUCGAUUAGAGAGUGCAGUAUCAUCCUCGCGGGACCGCGCGGUGCCGCUGGAACGGGCGCUGCACAUGAUCCGCGCCCUCAUCGACUGCGAUGCCAUGGAGGACAUCGCCACCGUGCGCCACCUGCCCGAUCUCCUGCACGACACCUCAGAAAUAGGCGAUAAGCUCUGCAAAAUUGGGGACUCCAUCGUACACAAGAUGGUCGCAUGGACGAAGAAACUCCCGUUUAUAAUGGAGAUUCCGAUGGAAAUACACUCCAAGCUGCUGAUGGAAAAGUGGCACGAGAUCUCUGUGCUGACGACGGCGGCGUUCCAGGCUAUGCACGGGAAGCACGCUCACGCGCCGCCCUCUUCAGACCACGAGCAUGACUUCAUACAAGAGGUGAACGCAAACCUGCGGACGCUCCAGAACUGCCUCACCUCGCUGAUGGGGCGCCCCAUCACCCUGGAGCAGCUGCGACUGGACGUGGGGCUGGUGGUGGAGAAGAUGACGCAGAUCACCUGCGUCUUCCGCCGCAUACAGCUCCGGAUGGAGGAGUACGUCUGCCUCAAAGUCUACAUAUUGUUGAACCAAGAAGUGGAACUGGAAGGCAUACAGGAGCGAUACGUGCAGGUUUUACGCAGCUAUCUGGAGCACGCGGCUCCACACCAUCCCGGCAGAUUGCAGGAACUUUUUGCCAGGAUACCUGAGAUCCAAGCAGCGGCUAACCUUCUACUCGAGAGCAAGAUGUUCUAUGUGCCGUUUGUGUUAAACUCGGCAGAGAUCAGAUAGUACGUGUAGUCGCGCCGCGCGUCUUAUGUCACCACCUGUGUUCACUGCCCCGGCACAAGAGCUCGUACAAAUGUUCCUAGUCGCCCGCCAAGGGGCCCGGCCGCUCGGCGCGGCUCGGAGCCGCCGCCGAGCCCCCGGCACGGGCAGCCCUCACCGCGCGAUAGUGAACUCCCUACGAGCACGGCUACAUUACAUACUCGCGCCCACGAGUCCAUGUGUGUAACGAUGUUUAUUUUAGAGGAAUUAAAACGUCCCAAUUGACAGACUGAUUUUUAUUAAUAGUUCUUAUGUGAUAAGCGCCAGGGACUCGAAUGCGUGUUUUAUACCUACGUGGUAGUGUAUACUAAUUAGUGUAAAUUAGUUUAAUGUUAGUUAAUAUUUAAAACUGACAGACGGAUCGCAUAAUAUAUUAUUUCUGUAAAUAUAGAGUAUUUUAUAGCAUAGGUAGAUUGUUAAGAUGUUGUUUUAGAUAGAUUUGUUUCUUGUACAUGGAAUAUUGCUGUUUUAGUUUGCAUUUUAUAUCGUGUAGGGGUACCUAACCAGUGUAAUGUAAUAAUGAGAAUUUUACCUGUCUAAGACUUGUUGGUAAGUAAUGUUAUGUAAGUAGACUGUAAGUACGUACUCUCAGUGUUUACCAAGACUGCUUGUAUACAACUGUACUGUUUAUACACUAACAAACAUAAUGUUCUAUAGUCACAACUUAUGCAUUUUUAUUGCCAAUAUUUCGCAUAGACACGUUUCGUGCAUUAUAAUUUUAUCUAAUGUUUUCUCUUGUCCCUAUUCUGACUUAACCAAUUAAUGUAAGUGUCCGGUGUACAUUGUAGACAGUGUUAUAUUGUACUUGCUUAUUGCAUUUCUCUUAACGAAGUUAACUUCACGUGUACCUAUUGUACACGUGCUACACCUUCGUUUGUUACUGUGUUUAGACAAAUUCGAGCUCAAUUCCUCAGUCACUAAUUGCGAUAAAUAAGUGUGUAGAUAUUAUACAUCACAUAUCUCACUCGAGACAUCCAUCCCACCCUAUGUUCGAAUUUACUAUGCACUUAUACGUAAAUAUCGUUCUACCAAAUUGGUAGAUAUAGUUUCUUUAUGUCACUGAACCUAAUAAACAGGAUAUACUUAGAAAUCAUUCCUUCAUAGUCAUUUAUUAGCAACGUAUAGAACCCACAAUGCAAUGGUUCAUUCCCCGCAUAACUUUCUCGUCAUCGUCAUCUUCCGUUCAACUUCCUUUCCGACAACAUUAUCUCAUAGAACUUCCAUAUUUAUCCCGUACUCAUACAUUAUGUAUAAAAUAAAUAGGUAAAUGAAACUUAAUUGUAUAACGUUAAUAAUAUACUACUUUAAAAUAAAUAGAAACAAAGAGACUUUCUAACCUUAACACUGUCAGUAUAUCACUGCCUUUCGUUUUAACAACUUAUUUGCCGUUAUUGCUAUACAUAAGUCUCAGAUUUCUCGUUAAUGUUUUAGUGUAAUGGACGUUCCAGCAACGGUGAACAGUUACCAAUAGUUUUAGGAAGGCGACGUACGCCGAGUAUCUUAAGUAAUUACAACCAAAAAGUUCGUUAUAGGGACUUACAUAGAUUCUAGUUUAAAACGGUUAAGCGUUGUACCACACAUUUUUCGAUGUCGUGGCGAGCGUGUAGCAACUCUGUUACAAGAACGACUUUCUAUAACGCUCUUAAUCCUAAUACAAGAACAUAUUUUUUAGCAAAAUACCGCCACGUUUGAAAAGGCAUCUCGUACCGUUCUACACAUACUUAAUAAGCCACGACAUCGUUUUUCCACGUAGCUUACGAUCUCGUCCCGGUAAUGAAGGCGUUAACUCAAAUCCAAUGAACACUUACAAUUUGGAUUAUAAUUUUCUUCUAGGCUACUCUUGGGCCCUAGCUUAAGAGUAAUCCCAUCUCUAGCACUCCAACCUUCAGCUUGAACAUAUGGCAUUCGAUUCUGUCAAUGUUUUUGGACGAACGUUUUACAUAUGUUCAUGAUGAAAGACAGAUUGAUAGAGACAGCUUAGCAGAAAUGUGUGUUCGGCUUAGACUUCAGUUGGCAAAAGUGGAAGUCUAUUCAUAUUACUAGAAGUGCAGCCAUGUUGACUAAAUCGAGCGACACACGACCGUUCCUCGUCAUGUUACCAUUAGAUAAGUGUUAGGUAUUAGCGUGUUUUAUAUGUGUAAUUUAAAAUUAGUGAAUACAACCAGUUACAAUACUGCCAUUAAAUGCCUAAAUAUUACCUAGUUUCAAAAUAAUUUUGUUAUAGGUAACUAAUGUGUAUAUGAUUUAACUUAGUAAAACGGCGUUCGUGAAAUUAUAAGUUAAAUGUGAUAAUUAAACAGUGAUAGAGUAAAUAUUUGGGGUAAAGGCGCCCCGUGCUCGAGCGGAAAGUCGUGGGGCACGCUAAGGCAACUACUUAACACCUGUGUCUACUGGGAACUCCGUAAUUAGAAAUUAGUCUAAUAUCGAUGUUAAGCUCUUGCAAUCAAUAUAUAUGCGUGACAAAAAGACAUAAUACGAGUACCUAUUUCGAUUUUCGGAAAUUCGCGUUUAUAGCCCUGUAACUGGACGGGUAUCGGCGGCUGGCUUGACACACUUGCGUCAGAAGGAGCUUGAUACCCGCACUUAUGUAGCUUGCUUUAGAGGCUCCCAUCGCAGUCCCGCCGUGGCGUAUCCUCGCCUGUAGGUACUUCAUGUCAAAUAUUCUCCUUAAUUGGGUAACUAUAUUUAUUUAUCUUAAUUGUAAAUUAGUUUUAUAAAACACCAUCUUAACGACGGUGUAACUCUAAAGUCUGAGGUAAAGAUGCCUUUAUAGAUUACAUGUUACGAGGAAAUCAUAAAAAACUAAUCACGAAUCGUGCGUCAUUCUACUAACGUGUAAAUGAUUAUGUGUAUGUAGAUAAUAUGACACUUAUUUUGUUAGUAUCGUAGCGUAUACUGUUAUUAAGGUGAAACUAACGGCAUUGUAUGAAAUGGAGAUUAGGACGGUAAGGAUGUUAUUGGCGUUGUACAAAGGAUAGUAUUGAUAGAAAUUAACGAUAAAAUUGGCGCAUUACUGGCGAGUACCUAAUUAGAAUAGUACACGAAGAGCCCUCUGAGGCUAACAUUUCUUGUGUAAAUAAAUACUAUUUUGACAUAAGAUGGCCACUUGCUUUUCGAUGCUGUCCUGAUUAUUUGCUGGACUCUGUAAUAAGACUUAAUCGCCUAUUUCUUCUUUCAAACUCGUGUUCUUUUUUCAAAGCAAUCCAGGAUAUUAGAUACAAAAAUAUAUUAAAAGUAACGGAACGUAGAAUUUGCUCCUGGUUGGUGAUUUGAUUGCGUUUGAGUAAUUUGCAUCCGUACCAGUCGGCUCUAACCAAGUUCUCACUCCUGGGGCUCAUUUCUGGAACGAUAUUAGGCUAAUAUUAUUAGUCCACGAACUGUCAAAUCCUAUGAGUUGCCAUGAGAACACACUAAUAAUACUUUUUAGUCUAAUACCGUUCGAGAAAUAGGUCCCUGACCACAGACUAAUGCAUUGUGGAAUGGAGUCGAUUUUAGAGGCUGCUGGAAGUUACGGUCAUAUCGCCGCGCAGUCCGUGCCUGCCCGCGGCCCCGCGCCAGGGCGUCCGCCGGCCGUCCGAUGCGCUCACAAUCAAUUAUUAAUAGUUAAUCUAUGGUACAGUAAUGUAUUGUAAAGUACUUUAAGGCUGAGAUGUAAUGUGCGGUGGUGGCGCGACGCGACCGAGCGCCGCCGCAAGCGCGGGCGCCGACGGAUGGACCUAGUUAAUAUUGCGAAAAUAUUUUGACUGAUAUAAUAAUUUAAACGUAAUAAUGUUAAUAUAUUUAUAAGAAUGUAACAAAAAACUUAAUGCAUUUCACACUUUCUUUACAGUCCAUAAGAAAAAUUACAUGUAAGAUAUUGUGACGAAAUAUUUUCACAUUGAUAGUGUAAGGUUUGUUGUGUAAAAUAGCGUUUCGUGUAUUUUGGGUAAAAGAAGGGUUGAAAUUGUGUACAUUAGACAUUGUAUUAAAUAGUACUGAAAAAUGGUGUGUAAAUCAGUAACAGAAUAUAUAUAUUUGGAAACGUUGAAGAGUGAUUGUUGUAAAUACAUAUACAUUAUACAUAUAUAGAACUACAUGUCACAGAUGAAUAUUUGAAAUAAGUACAUACACAUUCAUAGAUAUCUGUUCUAAAUGUUUUAUUCAGAUAACAAUAGGUAAUCGUGUUCUGUUAUGGUUAAGUGUCUAAAUAAGAACUAUAAACAAACACGUUUCGCUUGUCUGGUUCAUUCGACGAUUUUGUAUCUAUAUAUGUUUCCUCACUUUUCUGAAUCGAAGUAUUUUAGAGAUAUAAUAUGGUAUACAAGUAUGUUUAUCUGUACACUUGUCACGGUUCGCCCAUGGGGCCGCAGUGGUCGCUCGGGCACAGCGGGCGGCAGUCCGCGACUCUGUUAGGCUCGGGCUCCCACACCGCCUUGUCCGAGAAGGAGCUAUUUGCUAUGUUCUUUAUAAAAUUUGAUAGUUGAUUGUGAACGGGUGUGCUGUUGUACUGUACUCUCGUAUUUAUUUGGGCUCGCUCAAUUUCAAGACUUAUCGCUUUCAGACCUAGCAUAUUAUACAUUGUUCGCUUUAAUUUAAGUAUUAUCAAUACGAUAGGGUUCUGUACUUGUAGUAUGUCACUUAGAAUUGCUGAUCGCUGUACCGUUCUCGUUGGUUCCGGACGGGUCGGGCUAACCACGGACCUGACACAGAUCUGACGCUGCAAUGGAAUUUACAAGGAAAUUAUUACUAACUUCUUCAGACUAACUUUAUAUAAUUAGUACAGCUACAAGGACCAAAAAGUCAACUCAGUUAAUUUCGAUUUUUGGCAAUACUAUGCGACGUAGUUUCACUUGUAUAUCGAUUCUAAAAAAGGAAAAGUUAAAAAGGUGGGUAUCUUAAGUACUAACAUGCAUGACAGAUGGUGCUAAUAUAGUUGUCACCGAUUUGAAAUAUCGCAGUGCAAGGGUUAAAUUGCUAAUAAAAUAAAACAACAAAUCAUUUUAUUCCUGGCUUGUAGACAGUUUAUUGAUUGAAGGACUUUAUGAUUAUACUUAGUUUUGUAAUGCCCGCUGUUAGCUACCUCGUGACGUACGCGUGUCUCUACCGUGUCGCGUCCAUGUCACGCCCGGCCCGGCCCCGUGUGUAGUGCACUCAGAAAGUCAUGUACUGCUCUAUAUUGUCUCGUUGAGUGGUGCGCCGGCUGAUAGUCAAAAGAUGCAAUGGUUUGCCAAGAGAAGUUACCUACAAGUUGUGUUUAGUUAGCGAUGCAUAACGUGUUUGUACUUUAAUUUGUUUUUUAGUUUUACUCUUGGAAAUCAAUGGUUAAUAAAUUAAGAAAAUAAAAUGUAUGUGAAUUAUU